UGCAAGAGCGUACGCUUAGCCUUGCAACCCCCGCAAAACUCGUCGACAAAGCCCAGCUUCAGGGUACCUGCGAAGCUCGCAUAUGAUUGUUUGAAUUCCAUACCAUUCAAUCAGAGCGCUGCUGCUGCCUUGAUGGAGUCUAUGAGACCAUACCUGGACUGGCAAUCAACUACUUCUUACAUAAAAGAUCCACCGAAAGAGUAUGCAGAAGCAGUCCAACCACCUUACGAUUUCUGGGCUACUUUCAACGCUAUUGAAAUGAACGUUGCCCGUGGAGCUUAUGCCAGCGAGUAUGACUUUGGUUGGGAUCUUUACCUAGCCACUCAAGAAGCACAUGAUGGUCAUUUCAGCUUCAUUCUAGAUGUCAUUGGUAACGUCUUUUCUUUCGGGCGCACGACUGCACUCGUCUCUGUGUCCGAGAAUGGUAAAGAUUUACCAGCGAUCUAUGUGUACGCAGACAUUCUGGCUGCCCAGACUGGAAACUCAUCCUUCAAUCCUUCUCAAGUCGUUCUGAUCGAUGGCAUGGACGCCACUGAGUUCUUACUCGACUGGGCACAGUAUGGAGGUCAUCAAGACAAGGAUGCUUUGUGGAACAAUCUCUUCUACUCACCUGCACAAGUCUCGCUUGGCGGCAGUGGUACAGGAACUGGAACUUUUGCUGGAAAUGGCCGUGGUCGCUUGGUGUACCCUGGGCCGAGUACCGCCCUGACCUUUGCUAAUGGAACAAAUGUCACCACCGAGAACUACGCCAGGGCUCAUAUCAGUUUCAAAAACAUCGAUUCUGGAGCGGACAUAUACAGGGAAUACCUUAUACCCAAGUCUCCGCCGCAUCUUGAUGUUUUGGAGAUGGUCCAACGCAGCGAAACGAAGCAUGAUGAGAAGAGGAGUAACAAUAUUCGUGUUCCUUACCUCAAUAAUACGCUACCCUCUCACCAUCGCAAACACCGUGGCAUAGAUGCUCCCGGAUAUCCGCCUCCAGUCACCAGACAAAGGCACAACAUGAAUGGAGGUUACUUCCUCGAAGGACCAGGUUUUGAAGAUGUUGCUGUCUUGACAGUGGCAUCUUUUGUCCAUCAACCAUUCGUCGGACAAGAGUUCAAGAAGGUCAAUUUCGACUUCAUCGCCGCCGCCCUGGCUGCAAAUAAGACCAAGCUGAUCAUAGACGUCAGCGCCAAUGGUGGCGGUGUAAUCCUCCAAGGCUACGAUCUCUUCAAACAGCUAUUUCCCUCUAUACAUCCCUAUGGCGCCUCUCGCUUCCGUGCACACGAAACUAUCGAUUGGCUAGGUGAAAUAUACUCGAAAUUUGGCGCUCAACUCAACAGCAGUAGCACCUCUAUCAACAAUUUCCAACUCGCGCCUUGGGAUUACCGCACUGAUCUGGAUUCUGACGACAAACACUUUACCUCUUGGAAAGGAGAAGGAGGAAAAUACGGACCUCAUGGAUAUGGAAAUGAUACGUUUACCUCGCUCAUGCGAUGGAAUCUCAAUGACCCACAACUGCCGCAAUAUUCUGGCGGCAUCACAGUUUCAGGCUAUGGCGAGGGUACCAACACCUCCUACUCCCAGCCUUUCGAAACCCAGAAUAUUAUUUUGGUAUAUGAUGGCUAUUGCGCUUCCACCUGCGCCAUCUUCUCGGAAUUUAUGCGCAGAGAAGCUGGGGUUAAGACCAUUGCACUAGGAGGAAGACCUUCCUUACAUCCCAUGCAAGGCGUCGGCGGCGUCAAAGGCGCCAACAUGUAUACCUGGUCCCACAUCUUUGGGGCUGUAAACAACGCCAAGGGGUUCGCUGAGAAACUGCUUUAUCAAGAUUUGAACAAUACUGCGUUGGGCAGGUAUACCUCUCUCGCGUUGGCUAGAGCCACAGUCGCAGGAGUCAACUCCCGCGAUGGAAUUAGGAGAGAUGACGAUGAGCAGAUUCCUUGGCAAUUCCUCUACGAACCUACCGAGUGUAGGAUUUUCUAUACCAAACAGAUGGUGCUUGAUCAAAGUGCGGUUUGGAAGACUGUGGCUGAUACUGUGUGGGGAAGAGGGAAUGCUUGCGUGGUGGGCGAUAAUGAAUUUUACGGAAACAAGGAAGGUGGUUAUGAUGCUGAUGUUGAGGUUAGUGAGGAAGGACAGGAGCAGAGGGUGUGGGAUAUUAGUGAGGGAUUUGAUGUUGAAGGGGCGUGGAAGGGCUUGGAGGUUGAGACUGAG